GAGGUCGUGAGCAGGAAGUCGGAAAAGAAAGCAGAAACAGAGGGGGCAGGGCCAUUUAAAAAUACCUGCUGCCCUACAAUAACGGGACCAAAAGACAGCAGCUCAUACGGGACAGCGCGUCGGUGAAUGCGUCGCAGAGGAGAUGCCGUGCUUCACGUAAACCCCUACAUUCAUUAUGCACGUGCACCGCUGUCAUUAAACAACGGAGUUGAGGAACAUCAGCCUCUCAGCACUUCUUUAUUCAGAAACAACAUAAAGCAUGAGGACUGCAUGCGUGGACUGCAUGGUUUAGGAAAGAAGAUAUAUUAAUUCUGCACAUUCAUUCUUGAUUCAACUGGAUGCAUGUUGGGUCAUUUGGCGUGAAUUAUGUAUUGUACGGGCUGUUCUCUCUGAAAGCAAGGCAGGUGCAUUUUAUGCGUUAAAGCGUUUUUGGGAUUUUUUUUUACACUGAUGGUCUUUCAGCAGCACUAACGUCGGGUGUGGGACAUACUCUGAAGUGCGCACAUCAAAUGCACUUGAUAAUUGCCUAACCAUAUAUUUAACAUGGCAUCUACAAUAGAAAGGAAGACACUGGAGGCAAACGAGGAACCCGUGGAUGAGGUGCUUCAGAUGCCACCAUCACUCCUGACGUGCGGCGGAUGUCAGCAGAGCAUCGGGGACCGUUUUUUCCUUAAGGCCAUUGAACAAUAUUGGCAUGAGGAUUGUCUUAGCUGUGACCUCUGCGGCUGCCGCUUAGGAGAAGUGGGCCGCAGGCUGUACUACAAACUUGGCAGGAAGCUAUGUAGACGAGACUACCUCAGACUAUUUGGUCAGGAUGGGCUCUGUGCUUCCUGUGAAAAGAGGAUCCGGGCCUUUGAAAUGACCAUGCGAGUCCGUGAUAAAGUAUACCACCUUGAAUGCUUCAAAUGUGCCGCAUGUCAGAAACACUUCUGUGUUGGGGAUCGAUACUUGCUCAUCAAUUCGGACAUUGUGUGUGAGCAGGACAUUUUUGAGUGGACCAAACUGAAUGGCAACAUGGUCUAGUUUACUCCCCAUCAAAAUCUUCAACAUAUCCCUUUAUGCAGUCAAUUCUAAAAAGCACCGAACCUGAGAAAAAAACACCAGCAACAUACAAUUUAUUUUCUAGUUUAAGGAUUUUUGUAAUCUAUAAACAACACAAAUAUAGUUUGUGUUAUAUUGCAAUAAAGGCUGAAUGAUCUUUGCUACUUUAAUAGAAAGUUAGAUUUAAAGAUAGGGUCGGCAGUAUCGCAGCAAUAGCAAAUAUCUUAAAAAGCAUAAAAGGGAUAAAGAUCCCAAAAUAAUUUCAGAGCCAACUCUACUCCCAAACACAUGAAUGUAAACAGCCAGAGCAGAGUCUGCAAAGCUUCACAAGAGACGGCUUUAGUGGAGCAUGGAACCCGGCGCUUUCAUGACCUCAUGUCUCAUUCACCAGUAAAAGUAUAUAACAUUACAGUAAUAAUAACGUAAUAACACUCUGUGACUUUAGCAAUGUAUCUACAACUCUGCACAGCCUCAUGAAACACUGAUAAUGUGUGAAGCACCGUGCACAAAGUUAUGUUAAUACACAUAUAGACAGGCAGGUAGGACAUCAUUGGCUCUCAACCUAUGUAUAAGCAUAACUUUGUGCACCUGACAAACAUUUUAAGGUCUUGAGACUUCCACAGAGGACAUAUGUGUAACAUUAAGACCACUUUACUUAUUUAUUGCUAUCAGGAUAUGAAGAGACUUUCAACCAGUAUAACAAAAAAUUUGCCUACCCAAGCUUUAAACUUUAAGAAAUGUUCUUUUUUUUAAGAAGAUCAUUUUCACAAAAUGUGACAACAUCUUGUUAUUCAUACUCUCCCAAAACUAUUGUGAUGCAGAAUAGAUGCAUUUUUUUUCAACACUAUAACAUCUGUUUAUGUAUAUAUCUGUGUUUGUUACGUAAAGGAGAAUAACUGAGCAAUAAAUUACUUAAGAAAUUUAUGCCAAAAGUGAUAAAUGAUUAACAUUUAAUAAACUGUUUUAUCUAUAUUAAAAACAAA